CAAUUAGUCAGCAGCCGCCAUCUUGAUCACGGUGGUGUGCUCUAGCUACAAAAGACUUUUUUUAGAAGAGAAAGUUCGACAAUUUAAAGAUAUACCUACGGAAACUUCAACAUGUCUAUUAUGGAAUACAAUGGUGCCGCCAUCAUAGCUAUGGUUGGCAAAGAUUGCGUUGCAAUUGCGGCAGAUCGACGUUUAGGAAUUCAAGCUCAAACUUUGUCUUGCGAUUUUCAAAAAAUCUUUCAAAUGGGUGACAAGCUUUUUCUGGGUCUUCCUGGGCUGGCGACGGACGUGCAAACCGUGUCAAACCGGCUCACUUUUCGCAAGAACCUGUACGAACUGCGAGAAACUCGUCAGAUCAAGCCCAAAACUUUCAUGAGCAUGGUGUCAAACUUGCUCUACGAAAGGAGAUUCGGGCCUUACUUUGUGGAACCGGUGAUUGCCGGGUUAGACCCGAAGACCAACGAGCCGUACAUCGCGGCGUUAGAUCUGAUCGGAUGUCCGAUGGAGACGAAAGAUUUUGUGGUGAGUGGCACUUGCUCGGAGCAGAUGUAUGGAAUGUGCGAGUCUCUGUGGGAACCAGAUCUCGAACCCGAUGAUCUGUUCGAAACCAUCUCCCAAGCCUUAAUGAAUGCUGUGGAUCGAGAUGCUGUCAGUGGUUGGGGUGGCAUUGUUCAUGUGAUAGAGAAAGAUAAGGUUACAACACGGACACUGAAAGCUAGAAUGGACUAGACAACGUUGCUACCGAAAAAAAUUCAGAACAUUACAAGGCUGUAACUUUGGAUUAGUAUUUUGAAGUUAGUAUUUUGCUACCCUUUGUUUUCAAGUAUAUGAUUAAACUUUGCAAAACUUUUCUUGUGAAAA